GGUCCCCUAUUCCACUGUCUUCUCUAUUGUUCUGCUAAGACGGGACAAGUACAUCUUCGGAUCUCAACAUGCUGCGAAAACCAUAACUACUAGCAUGGUUUGCCCAAGAAGAUGAGCGGUGUCUGGUUAGUUCAGGAGUCAAGAUGGCCCUGUACGUUUCGGACACAAGACAAAAGGCAGCCGGUCACGCAACAUUGAGUAAUUUCGUUCCCUAAUCUGACCUGGGACAUAACAUGGUGCUGCUGGCUGUCGCAGUUCUUACACUCCCUGCAUCCUUCCUCAGCAUCGCAGUGGCUAUUCCAAACCGCCAUGCCGCAAAGCCUGCUGUUCGUGGACGAGCAGGGUUUGGCAUUGUACGGCUUCCCCGAGAAGCUCACUGUGCUAUUUGUCCAGAAGACAUAAAGACAAAUGGCGGUACUGCAACGCUUGUCUUUGACCAAGGGUCAACUGACGGAAUCACUAUGUGCACCUAUAAGGAGAGUUCCAGCACGGAUAUCAUCUGUCCCUAUGUAACGGACACUGGAGAGUUGAAUGGCGCAGUCAAGUACUGUCCACAAACGGUUGCUCUUGGUGAUUGUGUCAACAGUUAGGCAUAUGUCGAAUUAUACGAUAUUAUAUAUGCCCUUCUGAGCCACAAAAUUGGUUAGUGGGAGGGCGUCGUCAUGCAAGCAUUGAUACUGGCUACAGGAUAGCCCUUCACACUACAUUGUACAGCAUUUCUGUUCGACUUUCAUAUGGUAUUUGUUGGGUACGACCUGGUCUAGCUACGUGGUUUUCAUAUUCGCAAUUUAACCGCAUUGAUACACAAU